CGGCGGGAGGAGCUCCCCCGAGCCCCGGCGCCGGCCGCCCGUUGCUAGCUAUGGCAAAUGGUGGCGGCAGCGGCGGCGGCGGCGGCAGCGGCGGCGGCGACGGCGGCGGCGGCGGAGGCAGCGGUUUUAGAAUGAGUAGCAAUAUCCACGCGAACCAUCUCAGCCUAGACGCGUCCUCCUCCUCCUCCUCCUCUUCCUCCUCCUCCUCCUCUUCCUCCUCCUCCUCCUCUUCUUCCUCCUCCUCCUCCUCUUCCUCCUCUUCCUCCUCGUCCUCGGUCCACGAGCCCAAGAUGGAUGCGCUCAUCAUACCGGUGACCAUGGAGGUGCCGUGCGACAGCCGGGGCCAGCGCAUGUGGUGGGCUUUCUUGGCCUCCUCCAUGGUGACUUUCUUCGGGGGCCUCUUCAUCAUCUUGCUCUGGCGGACGCUCAAGUACCUGUGGACCGUGUGCUGCCACUGCGGGGGCAAGACCAAGGAGGUCCAGAAGAUUAAUAAUGGCUCGAGCCAAGCAGAUGGCACUCUCAAGCCAGUGGAUGAAAAAGAGGAGGCAGUGGCAGCCGAAGUCGGCUGGAUGACCUCCGUGAAGGACUGGGCAGGAGUGAUGAUAUCUGCUCAGACGCUGACCGGCAGAGUUCUGGUUGUCUUAGUCUUUGCUCUCAGCAUUGGUGCACUUGUAAUAUACUUCAUAGAUUCAUCAAACCCAAUAGAAUCCUGCCAGAAUUUCUACAAAGAUUUCACAUUACAGAUCGACAUGGCUUUCAACGUGUUCUUCCUUCUCUACUUUGGCUUGCGGUUCAUUGCAGCCAAUGACAAGCUGUGGUUCUGGCUGGAGGUGAACUCUGUAGUAGACUUCUUCACGGUCCCUCCUGUGUUUGUGUCAGUGUACUUGAACAGAAGUUGGCUUGGUUUGAGAUUUUUACGAGCCCUCAGACUGAUACAGUUUUCAGAAAUCUUGCAGUUUCUGAAUAUCCUGAAAACCAGCAAUUCCAUCAAGCUGGUGAAUUUACUCUCCAUAUUUAUCAGCACGUGGCUGACUGCCGCUGGCUUCAUUCAUUUGGUGGAGAAUUCAGGGGACCCAUGGGAAAAUUUCCAAAACAACCAGGCACUCACCUACUGGGAAUGCGUCUAUUUACUCAUGGUCACCAUGUCCACCGUGGGUUAUGGAGACGUUUAUGCCAAAACUACACUUGGGCGCCUCUUCAUGGUCUUCUUCAUCCUCGGGGGACUGGCCAUGUUUGCCAGCUACGUCCCUGAAAUCAUAGAGUUAAUAGGAAACCGCAAGAAAUACGGGGGCUCCUAUAGUGCGGUUAGUGGAAGAAAGCACAUUGUGGUCUGUGGACACAUCACUCUGGAGAGUGUUUCCAACUUCCUGAAGGACUUCCUGCACAAGGACCGGGAUGAUGUCAAUGUGGAGAUCGUCUUUCUUCACAACAUCUCCCCUAACCUGGAGCUCGAGGCUCUGUUCAAACGACAUUUUACUCAGGUGGAGUUUUAUCAGGGUUCAGUCCUCAAUCCACAUGAUCUAGCACGAGUCAAGAUAGAGUCAGCAGACGCGUGCCUGAUCCUUGCCAAUAAGUACUGCGCUGACCCGGAUGCUGAGGAUGCCUCCAACAUCAUGAGAGUGAUCUCUAUAAAGAACUACCACCCGAAGAUCAGAAUCAUCACUCAGAUGCUGCAGUACCACAACAAGGCCCAUCUGCUAAACAUCCCGAGCUGGAAUUGGAAAGAGGGCGAUGAUGCAAUAUGCCUUGCAGAGCUGAAGUUGGGUUUCAUAGCCCAGAGCUGCCUGGCUCAAGGCCUCUCCACGAUGCUCGCCAACCUCUUCUCCAUGAGGUCAUUCAUAAAGAUUGAAGAAGACACCUGGCAGAAAUACUACUUGGAAGGAGUCUCCAAUGAAAUGUACACAGAAUAUCUCUCCAGUGCCUUCGUGGGUCUAUCCUUCCCUACUGUUUGUGAGCUGUGUUUUGUGAAGCUAAAGCUCCUAAUGAUAGCCAUUGAGUACAAGUCCGCCAACCGAGAGAGCCGUAUAUUAAUUAAUCCUGGAAACCACCUUAAGAUCCAAGAAGGUACUUUAGGAUUUUUCAUCGCAAGUGAUGCCAAAGAAGUUAAAAGGGCAUAUUUUUACUGCAAGGCCUGUCAUGAUGACAUCACAGAUCCCAAAAGAAUUAAAAAAUGCGGCUGCAAAAGGCUUGAAGACGAGCAGCCAUCAACACUGUCACCCAAAAAAAAACAACGCAACGGGGGCAUGAGGAAUUCACCCAACACCUCUCCGAAGCUGAUGAGGCACGACCCCUUGUUAAUUCCUGGCAAUGAUCAGAUUGACAACAUGGACUCUAACGUGAAGAAGUAUGACUCUACUGGGAUGUUUCACUGGUGUGCACCCAAGGAGAUUGAGAAAGUCAUUCUGACUCGAAGCGAAGCAGCCAUGACUGUCCUGAGUGGCCACGUGGUGGUCUGCAUCUUUGGGGAUGUCAGCUCCGCCCUGAUUGGCCUGCGGAACCUGGUGAUGCCACUCAGGGCCAGCAACUUCCACUACCACGAGCUCAAGCACAUUGUGUUUGUGGGCUCUAUCGAGUACCUCAAGCGGGAAUGGGAGACGCUUCACAACUUCCCUAAAGUGUCCAUAUUGCCUGGUACGCCAUUAAGUCGGGCUGAUUUAAGGGCUGUCAACAUCAACCUCUGUGACAUGUGUGUUAUCCUGUCAGCCAAUCAGAAUAAUAUUGAUGAUACUUCGCUGCAGGACAAGGAAUGCAUCUUGGCGUCACUCAACAUCAAAUCUAUGCAGUUUGAUGACAGCAUCGGGGUCUUGCAGGCUAAUUCCCAAGGAUUCACACCUCCGGGAAUGGACAGAUCCUCUCCAGAUAACAGCCCAGUGCACGGGAUGUUGCGCCAGCCAUCCAUCACUACUGGGGUCAACAUCCCUAUCAUCACUGAACUCGUGAAUGACACAAAUGUUCAGUUUUUGGACCAAGACGAUGACGAUGACCCCGACACAGAACUGUACCUCACACAGCCCUUCGCUUGUGGGACAGCCUUUGCCGUCAGUGUCCUGGACUCACUCAUGAGUGCGACAUACUUCAAUGACAAUAUCCUCACCCUGAUACGGACUCUGGUGACCGGAGGAGCUACACCAGAACUGGAGGCUCUCAUUGCUGAGGAGAAUGCACUUCGAGGGGGCUACAGCACCCCUCAGACGCUGGCCAAUAGGGACCGCUGUCGUGUGGCCCAGUUAGCGCUGCUGGAUGGGCCCUUUGCAGACUUGGGGGAUGGUGGUUGUUAUGGUGAUCUGUUCUGCAAAGCUCUGAAAACCUAUAACAUGCUUUGCUUUGGAAUUUACCGGCUGAGAGAUGCCCACCUCAGCACCCCCAGCCAGUGUACAAAGAGGUAUGUCAUCACCAACCCCCCCUAUGAGUUUGAGCUCGUGCCGACAGAUCUGAUCUUCUGCUUGAUGCAGUUUGACCACAACGCCGGCCAGUCCCGGGCCAGCCUGUCCCAUUCCUCUCAGUCUUCACAGUCCUCCAGCAAGAAGAGCUCGUCCGUCCACUCUAUCCCAUCCACAGCAAACAGGCAGAACCGGCCCAAGUCCAGAGAAUCGCGGGACAAACAGAAGUACGUGCAGGAAGAGCGGCUUUGAUUUGUGCAUCCACCGCCACCGUGUGUGAAACUGUAUCCGCCACUCAUUUUUCCAGUUGGUGUUUCCAACAAAGUAACUUUCCCAGUUUUCCCUGUAGUCCUCCCCUCUUUUAUUUUUUUACACAUAUUUGCAUAUGUAUGAUAGUGUGCAUGUGGUUGUCAUUUUUAUUUCACCACCAUAAAACCCUUGAGCACAACAACAAAUAAGCAGACGGACCAAAAAAAGUUAUUUAUGAUUCUAGGAGAAAUAUAACCCAAAGGCAUGCUCCAGACAUAAAUAGCUCACUUCAAGAAUGAGUGCACAGAUUAGAAAAGAACACUCAUGAUCAAUGUUAGGUAAAGCCAGGUGUAUUUAACGUGCAAGAAAAGUUGAUUCUGAUUUAUCAGGAUAAUCAGGGUGCUUUGGGUUUUGAUUUUGUUGGUUUGUUUUCCUUUAGUGCUCUCUCUCUUUCUCUCUCUCUUUCUAUUUCAACACAUACACCAUAAGUUAACACACAUUUAUUUGAAAGAAGACACCAAAAAGCAAUGAAAAUGUAUUGAUCAUUUCUACUGUCUGGGCUGAAGUAUCACAAAGCAUUUGAAAAGCUUUCACACAUUGUGGGGAUAAUUAUUAAAUACCUGCUUGUUGCAAGAUAGCAUCGAAGAUGGUGUUUUUUUUUUUUUCCAGUUACUCAGUAAGGGCUUUUGUCCCAAAGCUAGCUUCCUUUGGGAGUUUAUAUGAACAUUUCUAACUUAAUACAGAGGCGAAUGUAUCCAAUCCCAGUCAUUUAAGGGAGAAGAGGUUUGAUUGCAUAUUCAAUUGUUUCCUGCUCCUUAGGCUGCCAUAUGAAUAGCUAUUUUUUUCCUUUACUUUUGACAUUUGGGAUGAAAAGCCAUAUGUAUCAUAAAUAUCAGAUGUAAACCAUUAGAAACUGCCUUCCUGGGACUUUUACAUCUUUAAAAGGUGAAGUACUUACCUUAUGUACAGAAUAAAUAAUGCUCAGGAAAGAGCAAGUAUUUUUCCAUGAGCUCUCAGGGGACCUUUUUACUCCCCUUUGUUUGAUUAGUGAGAGCCCCAAUGCCAGGUAGAAGCUGGGGCCACGGUGAUGGUGGAAUGAGAGGAAGAUAAACCCAGAAGUAGAAAUGUUUCUGUAGGAGCAAUCUGCUAAGUAAGCCAGGAUAUUGGAGGAGCAAGCCACAAUUGGCUAAGAAAACAAAAGCUGGUGACUACCUUCAAUUCUUGGUACAGCUGCAUGACGCUUGGUCCCAAAGCAGAAAACAGGUGGGAAAAAGUUGUUCAUUCUCUAUUUCUUUUUUCUUUCUUUCUCUAUUUUUUUUUGUGCAGGUACUAAGGUUUGAAC